AUCGAUGACUGUAAUAAAAAAAGCUUGCCGGAGAAGAAAAUUACUGCCCGUCAUUCUGCAAAUUUGUCUGGUUUUUGCCGAAUUCCGAGUGCAGACGUGAUGGCGAUGGCCGAAGGUGAAAAUCGCUACCUGCCCGACUACGCGGCCAACCCCGUGAGCCACCAUUUCAGCCCCUAUUCCGACAAUGGAGGGAGCAUCGUUUCGAUUGCUGGAGACGACUUUGUGGUCAUCGGCUCGGACACGCGUCUCAGCUCCGGCUUUUCCAUCCACACAAGGGAGCAAUCAAAGCUUUUCCAACUGUCCAACUCCACUGUACUCGGCUCGACCGGCUGCUGGUGCGACACUCUCACCCUCACAAGACUGGUUGAGGCUAGAAUGAAGAUGUACGAGCAUACCCACAACAAGGUCAUGUCCACGCCAGCUAUUGCACAGAUGUUGUCCACCAUGAUGUACUACAAACGUUUCUUCCCCUACUACGUGUCCAACGUCCUUGCUGGCUUCGACAUUGAGGGAAAAGGCUGUGUCUUCAGUUACGACCCCAUCGGCCACUUUGCCCGCUCAGAUUACAGGGCUGGUGGUUCAGCUGGAGCUCUUCUGCAACCGCUCUUGGACAAUCAGAUUGGACUGAAAAACCAAGAAGGAGUUGUUGUCGAGCCGAUUCAAUUGGACAAAGCUGUGGCAAUUCUGAAGGAAGUUUUCAUCUCGGCUGCUGAGAGAGACAUUUACACCGGAGACGGGAUUGAGAUCAAGAUCAUCACCAAGGAUGGCGUUCGCUCAGAGUCUUUCCCACUGAGGAAGGAUUAAAUUUUGAACUUCUCGUUUGUACUAAUUACUAUUACAAAGAUUUGCUUUAAUAAAUUCCAUUGAAAAGUAAUAAAAA